AUGUCGGACGCGCAGCUUCAAUUCAGUGACCGGGUUUGGGCUCGGUCGCUUUCAGUUUCGAGUCUAAGUCCUGUGUCUCAGGCGCCAGUUAUGUCAUCAACUGAAUCGAACCCCACUCUCUCAACGACUUCCGACGAUUAUGAGUCCGGAAAGGACGAGAGAUCACGAAAGAAAAUCAAGGUCAAUUCACAGCCAGCAAAGACUAGGGAACAGUCUUCUAAGAAGAGAGGUCGCCCUCAGAAAGUGCAGGAUGCUCAGACACCUGCGGAGUAUCAGAGACGUCGGGCUCAGAUCCGUCUAGCACAGCGUGCCUACCGUUCCCGUCAAGAAGCCACCUUGUCGCAGCUGAAGAGUCGUAUCACUGAAAUGGAAUCGGUGAUUGAGACGAUGACGGAAGCCUUUCUUGCAUUUAGCGACACGCUACUGCAAUCGGGCGUGUUAAAUACCACCCCUGAUAUUGCGCAGUCCCUUCAAGAGGUGACUGCCAAGUAUGUCGCACUUUCAAGUCAGAUCACUGAAACAACAGACGGAGAUGGCGUCACACCACAAGAUAAACCAUCGUCCCGAAUCACGUCAUCAGAACUGUUAUCCUCGCACUCGGCGGAGCAGACAAGGCCGUUGUCAGAUCCCGUGGUCGCUGUCAAAACAGCCCCCGUAAAUGGUGAUCUUCGCGGCGCAGACUCCCUCGGCGCAAUGAUGGCGAGCGAGAUACCAGACAUGGCUAUGGACUCCCUCUUUCCAAUCACGCCUUCAACGCAUAUCAGAAUCCCAUCCGCUCACUUUAUCAGCCUACGCACACCUAUGUCGCAUCUAUACGGUCCAGAUAGUCCCUUCUUCGCCCAGCGAUUGCAUCUGGCUGCCUAUAAACUCGCAUACCGAUACCUGAAAGAUUCCACUAUUCCCGACUCCGCGCUACUUCGGCACUUUGGUUUCCUGAUGUCUCGAUGGACCAGAUCCCAACUUAUCGCAUACUUAACUUCUUUCCUGAAGUCUUCCGGGGGAGUUGAAGUUUCCAAGGAAUUCAAUCCUCCCAUGCUGAACUUGGGCGGUGCCGGGUUGCACUACCCACGGAAGCAUUCGCCUAUCAGCGACCCCAGUCUCAAUUGGCUUCCCUCGGCUGAGGAUAUUGGGAUGAUGUAUACAAAUGGGUUAAGCGUUCAAGACCUUGAAGAGCCGUGGUUUGACCCGGGAGAUGUAGAAGGAUUCCUUGAGGAGCAGGGCAUAAUUCUUUCCAAUCGAAAUAUGCUCCCAGAAAACCCGCAGAGUGAUUCAUCAGAUAGCAAUAGGACCCAUCGUCGGGAUGUGGUUGCGAGCACAUGGCAGUCAAGCUUUCUGGAUGGUCGGGAUUCCAACUUGGCUGUCGAUGAAGAUCAACUGAUCAAUUGGCUUUCCUACCGCGCCAUUUGCCUUGGCCGUGCGCCAGGGUUCCGCAAACGUGACGUCGAGAGGUUCAUAUCGCAAAAUGCCUGGCCGGUCGGCACGCCUCAAAUGCCCAUUCAAGCCAUCGCAGUAGUCUAA